ACUUAAUCGAAUAAAUCAGUCGGUGCUUCUAAGAUUUAUUUCAAUCAAUACCACAAGGAACCGACCAUUAGCAAAAUGUUGGAUUAAUUAAUUUUACCACCAUAAAUCCAGGUUUUUCGUUAUAAAGAAAAGUUAAGAUGGCUGGAGAUGGAUCAAGUCUCCAGUCACUGGAGCAUCUUAUGUCAGAAUUUUUCAAUGCUGCAACUAGUAAUGAACGCAAGAGGCAGAUAGAGGAGAUACUGAAUCAGUUUAGUCAGACUAGAGAUUGUUGGAAACAAUGCCUGUUCUUCUUAUCCAACUCACAGAACGAAUAUGUUAUGAUGUACUGUCUCACUGUACUGGAGAAUCUCAUAACUAAACAAUGGGUAGGAUUUUCUGUAGAUGACAAGCGAGAGAUAAGAAUGUUGUUGAACCAGUACUUGCUCGAACAUCAUACCAAGGUGCCAACAUUCAUCCGGAAUAAGCUUGUCAAACUGGUGGUAGAUGUUGGCAAGAUCGACUGGCCUCACUUCUAUCCUGACUUCUUCUCUAGUAUCAUACAGCUUGUACAGCAGUCAGAAACCACAUCACUGGGGAUCAUACUCCUACACACAGCCUCAGAGGAGCUGGCUGUGCCUAGGGAGGAACUGUCUAUGUCCAGAAAGGAAGAAUUGCAUAAGCUUCUUCUCCAGCAAGUUCCCACUAUCUUAAGCUUACUAAACAAUGUACUUGAUAUGGCUUUGGAAAGACAUCGUCACCUAGUAAUGGCCACUCCACCACCAUCCCCUACCCAUGGAGAGUCGGGAACGAGGAAACAACAGUCUGUUCUCCUAUUCACAGAUUCGCCAUUGAAAUCUGAUUCUUUCAUGAGUGACAUGUUCAAGUCUCCUGGAAGCCAUGUGCAGUUAGAGGCUCUACCACCACUUGACUCUGGUACCCAGGAACUGUGUGCACUGACACUGAACUGCCUUUCUCACUACUUCAGCUGGAUCCCGCUCUCUUCCUUUAUAACCCCAUCUCUACUGAGCACCAUUUUCCACUUUGCUGGUUUCGGGUGCGAGACCCAGGGUGGACGUACCAUGAACUCCGGUGCUAAUUUCAACUCUUCUUCGUGCCAUCUUGGAAUUAUUGCUAUGAAUUGCAUCAAUGAACUUUUAUCGAAGAAUUGCGUGCCGGCUGAGUUUGAGGACUAUUUGUUACAGAUGUUUCAGCAGACAUUUUAUCUACUACAGAAACUCACCAAGGAUAGUAGCACAUGUUCAAGUGGAAACAGACUCACAGAACUUGACGAGAAUUAUGUAGAAAAGUUCACCGACUUCCUUAGGUUGUUUGUGAGCAUACAUCUAAGAAGAUUUGAAUCAAGUACACAGUUUCCUGUCAUAGAAUUUCUGGCACUUCUCUUUAAAUACACCUUUAGACAGCCAUCUAAUGAAGGGUUUUACAACUGUUUAGAUAUAUGGACAACUUUUCUAGACUAUCUACUGACCAGGUCAAAGGGUAGACAGAGUGAACUUCAGGCCAUUGUUGUUAGAUAUAAAGAAGCUUUAACGUCCCUGGUACGACAUAUUCUACAGAAGCUACAGUUUAAAUACAAUCAGUCACAACUAGAGGAACUUGAUGACGAGACACUUGACUAUGAUGAGGAAACAGAGUGGCAGCAUUUUCUACGACAAUGUCUGGAGUUGAUUGCUCGAGUUGCAGAAAUACUGACAGCCGAGACCUUCCAGAUACUGUAUGAACCAUUUCAAGAAGUGAUGGAAAUAUAUUUUGGUUUAGAGAGACAUAUCCAAUCUACAAACUCCAAACGUAGUUUAAAUAUACGAGGGGAGAAUGACUGUAGACGUCUGCACUGUUCUUUAAGAGAUCUUUCAUCCCUAUUACAAGGGCUUGGCAGAUUAGCUGAUCAUUUUAUAGCUGAAAAAUUUGCUGAAAGAUUUGCAGAUGGUCAAGUGUUAAUGGAAAGAUUAAUACAUAUGGUUGUGUAUGGUAGUAGAGUAAAACUGUUUGAACUGACGUCCACAGAGCAAAGUGUUUUACAAACAGAUCUGAUAGAAGUGCAUGCUCAAGCGUUAGCGGCAAUCAAACCAUUUGCUCAUUGGCUGUCACAGUUCUACGCUGAGUCACAGAAUUAUCCUGAUCAGAGGAAGAAGUUUACUGACAUGGUUACAACAUUACUGGACGCCAUCACUGGUCUGUUUGAGGAACAGAUACCUGACAAGAUCUCGCGUUCAGCUGCCCACUUGUUACUAUCAUUAGUGACCACUGUAAGACCUAACUUCUUGCUACAAAUUACGUGUGUCCAAGAACUCUACAAUAAAGCAAGUCAAGGUGCAUUUAGGAAAGUUAAUAUAGAGGUACAACUUCUGUUGUACAGAGCCCUCAGUCUUCACUUGUUACUACCAUGGAACAAUAUUCCUGAUUCUGAACAAGAUUGGAGUAACCGAGCCAGCAAUCAUGAGAGUUUCUGCCACCAGAUGGCAGCACCAUAUUUCCAAUUAAAAGACACUUCGUCACUGAUAAACAACAAAACUGCCCAGGAUGCAGCCAAGUUGGUGAUAAGUAACAGUUUAAAGCUGAUGGUAGACUGGGUCGAAUGUGUGUCAGGAGAGGUGGUAAAAACAAAACAGAUUUGUUACCAGUCUAUGUCAGAGAUUGUGAACAUCAGUCUGGCAGUAUUUCCGGUCUUCAUUCAUCAACCUGAUGUGGUAGAAGAAUUGAUGACAUUUUUCCUGGCCUUGUUUCAAUCAUGUAGAGUACAGAUGGGAGUCCCUUUUACAGAACAUGCCAUUCAGACAUUCAUGGGACUUUUCAGCAAAGAGCAGUUAGCAGAAACCAUAAGGCAUGAAAGCAGUGCUGCACAUCGAGUGAUAGAAAAAUUUUUGAAGAUUCUACAGAUUAUUAUACAAGAACCUGGUUCAUCAUUCAAAAGAUUUCUACCCAGUAUUAUAGAUAUAUGUAUGGAACAUAUAUAUCCUGUUAUAGCUCAGCGUUCCUCUCCAGAUAUGAAACAAGUGUUGUAUGAAUUACUGCAUGAAUUUCUCCUUAGUAACUGGAAAUAUUUCUUCAAGGGGUCUGUGUUAACAUCUUUUAGAAGCAAAGUGGAAACUGUGGAGAAUGAAGCACAGUUUUCAGCUAUCAUGCAGGCAUAUGGUCAGUCAUUUUUACAAACAGAUAUUGCUGUCUUCAGACAGAAUCUCGAGUCUUUAGAGAAACUGAAUACUAAAUGGAGACUUUAUAAAAAGCCUAUAUUUUACACGGGGAUGCUGUCACAGUUCAUGAACGUUCUACUUCAAGUGUUAGUACACAAGUCACAUGACCUACUACAGGAAGAGAUUGUUGUGACCAUAUAUAACAUGGCCUCUGUAGACUUUGACAGAUUCUAUUCAGAAUUCUUACCACAUUUCCUCACAGGAUGUGAUGGCCUAGAUAACGGACAGAAACAUAUGCUAGGGCAAAACUUCAAAGUGGAAAAGGAUCUGCCAACAUUUACACAGAAUCUACAGAGAUUUGUGAAUGAUCUGAGAUACUACAGACUUAUGAACACUAGCUUACCUGCGGGAUCUGUGCAAUUUUCAUGAUGUUCACUAGUUGUUAGUGUGUUUUAUUUAUGUUAAAAAUCAAUUGUUUCUGACAACAGUUAAUUCCAUCAGAGCAAGCAGCAAUUUGAAACUGCCUAAGUUUUUCAGUAAAGAGUAAGGCCAGCUGGAACAACCAUGCAGUCAAAUUAGGAUUUUUAAUUUGUCUGCGUACAGUCUGAGGAGGGUCUGUAUUCCUCCAAUUGGGAGAAUUUUUAUAAUUUCAUCUUUAAAUCCCUAGAAUUCUAAAUGGAAUGUUCCAUCUUCCAAUUAGGACAAGUUCAUGACACAAAUUCAAUAAAGUAAGGGUUCAGUCUACUUUUUGUGUAAUCUCAGUUAUUGACUAAGGUUUUGCAUUGGAAUUAAAAAAAGAAUUUUGUAAUGUUUAUAUUGGCCUCAGUAACAGUCACGUAAUAGUUUUAAAGUAAUUGUUUGGUGCUAUGUCUAGUAAUAUCUUUAUAAUUAUCAAUGAGAUUCUUAUUGUAUUGGUUUUUUGACACAUUUAUUGAAUUUUUUUUCAUUCUUGAUUUGUAAAUCUCAAAUGUUUAUUGGCUGAUCACUAUCCAGAUACAGCUACUGCUACAAUAAACUGUAUGCUGGCUCCAUCAUCACCUCCUUAACUUCUUACAUGUUCAAACCUUUUCUUGGCAUUUAAGAUUUUUGAAAAAGUAACUGUUCACAGACAGGAUUUCCUUUUAUUUAGAAAUUCAUAUAUUAUCUGGGAAAAAUCCCAAAACUUAUUGAGGUAUAAGGCUUGUUUUAGUAAUUUUGAAAUACAUAU